CGCGCGCGGCCGAAGGUAGCAGCAGUGUCGCGUGAACGAACGAACGAACGCGAAUAUCCCCCGCACGAGACGAGCGCACACGCGAAUAUCUACCCAUACAAUCGCAAAUCUCGAGGUCCUCCCCGGGGGUUAUAGAACAAAUCCGCGGAGGAUCGCGGCUUCGACGUGCGGUCGCCGGUGCUCCUGCGACGAGGAACCAGGAAGGUCCAACCGGACGAUCCUUCCGUCAGGAAUUCGCGCCGAACGACUUCCGGGCCUAGAGGGAGAGAGAGAGAGAGAGCGAGACAGAGGGGAAUCGAAUCAACAACGUCGUCGUCGGUGAAAACGCCAUUUUGUGGUCGCGUUGUGAUCCUGGGGGCGGGUGGGGGGGGGACGUAAACACACCAUCGAACUUUCCAAUUGUAUUUCGUCGCGGCGGGAAGGCGAGAGCCCGCUUUUUCCCCGUAGCCGUCGUCCUCGUCCUCCCGCCGACCCGGUCGUCGCGUUCCUGGCGGCGAGCUACGUCGUUCUCCCGUCGGCGCCCGGAUUUCUUUCUCCUUCGGGCCGGACAUUUCGCGCCAAAUCGCCUACCACUUUUCUUCGCGAGGCGGACGCACACCUGGCGCACGAAUAGGAACGCGUGAAGGAGGAAACAGCUGUCGUCGAGAUCCGAUCUCGGGCGCUUGGCCAGUGUGACAAAAUCUUGAAAGGACUCGCUGACAGAAAUAUGACACCGAUGACUAUUGCUGAAUGAGCAUUUCUGAUAUCUCUAAGAUAAGGCUUGAAGAUAUGCUUCUGGUUAUCGUAAAAAGGCUUGAUGAGUGAACAAAAGUAUAAGGAAUGGUAUUCUAUUCGAUCCAGCUGGAUGUCAGAUAAGCUGAAAAAUGUCUGGUGAUUCAGGAUGGAACGCCGUUAUUCACCAUCCCUCGGAUUUAGCACUGCAGAAUUGGAACUGGGAGGAAAACGAUGGGGAGCAAGAGAAAGAGCUCCCUUCUACCGUUGAUAUGGAUGCCAUAAAGGGUGGUGGUAGCUGGGAUCCCACUACUGAACCUAAUGGAACAGAUUCGGUUGAUUCCGAAGAAGACUCUGAUUCCGACGACGAAAGCUCUGGUGGAAGCGAAGGCAGUUGCUCUUAUUCAGAUUCCAAUUCAGAGUCAGACGACGAAAGCAGCGGCGACGAAGAGGAAGACAGUGGAUCUAAUUCGGACUGUUCCUCUGAACACAGCGAACAAACGUUUUCCAUUCAACAGACUAACUUUGAACAAGGUGCGUUAAAAUUAAAAAUUACCAUGAAGGGUCCCAAGAAGGAGGACUCCGAGAAAAUUAAGUGUGAAAAAGGCAAGAGAAACGUUACAACAAAGAAACCAAAAACCAAUCACGGAAAUAAGUCCUCAGAAUGCAGUAGCGAGGACUCGGACUCGUCCGCGGGUCACGUGACGUCUCAGCAGCCCCAGCAGCAGCAGCCCCAGUCCCAGCACCACCACUCUUCCCUGCAGGAGAUCAACCAGGAGGACCUGAGCGCGAUCCUGCCCUCGCAGGAGCAGGAGGACGCGCCGUUCGACGGCUUCGAGGACUCCGAGAGCGGGCGACUGGUGUCCAAGGCCAUCGAGCGCAUGUCCCUGGGCGCGGACUCCGACACGAGCGAGAACGGGGACCAGAAUCCUGUGCCCGUGUACAGUUCUAGUCUGCUGCAGCAGUUCGUGGAGAAGACCGCGAUGCUGUCGGAGCCGCGGAAGCGGCGCAGCAAGUGCGGCGGCGGCAGCAAGAAGCUGAGCGGCAACGACGCGGAGUACCCUUGCGCGUCCAACGUCUCCCCGGACUCCGGCAUCCAGUCGGUGGACAACAGUCCUCUGCACCUGGCGGUGAGCCCGGUGAGUCCCCCGGCGCCGACGCAGUCGCCCGUUCAGCCCCCGGUGAGCAGCAAACCCGCGGUGAACGUCGACCGAGUGCUGUACCCUCCGAAGAGGAAACCCGGUAGACCCGCGAAAGCGGUCUCCGCGCAACCACGCGGACCCGGCAGGCCGCGUCUGCGGCCGGAGAUCGUGGAGAAGAUCCAGAAGAUCGAGAAGGCGGAGAAGGAGAGGAGCGAGUCCGCGAAGAGCGCGAGAAACUCGGACUCCAGGUCGACGGAGAGGAAGCCGGGGAGCGCGAAGGAGGGCUCGAGUCCGAGGAACGUGAAGGAGGACGUAGCCUCCGCCAGGAAGCGAGGCAACGCGAAGCCGACCGCGAAGGAGGACGUCUCCCCCGCGAGCAAGAGGACGAAAGGCAAGGCGGCGGCGAUCUGUCAGAAGAAACGUUGCGGUAACUCCUCGGCGAAGCCCUCCCAGGAGAGGAUCAUGCUGAGGAAGACCGCGACGAGCUCCCCGAUGAGGGUAAAGUGCCUAAGCAGAUCCACCGCGAGCAAAGUGAUGUCGCAGUACGACGGCAGGAGCUACCGGAAGGACAGGAACAACUACGUGCCCAGCAGCAAGAGCAGCGCGGUUCCGCUGACGCGGCAGAAGACCUGCGAGCAUCACCAGACGGCCUCGAAGGAGCCGAAGGGCGGAUCCGGCAAGCGGACCGGUUCCAAGGAGAACCGGAAUAACGCGGCGGCGACGGUGGUCUCCAAGAAGCAGACCCUGAAGAAGGUCGCUGCCUCGGCCUCGGCGGUCGGCAGGCGCGUCCUGAAGGAAAACAAGUGCAACAAGAAGACCCCGGCGGCGAAUCAUCAUCACGAGACCAACGGCGUGGGCGUGCAGACCCUGAUCUCGCUGCCGGUGGACGACAUCCUGAAGGCCGAGAUCAUGAAGCACGUGUCGAACGGCAAGGCGAGCGAGAAGACGGCGACGGCGCAGUCGACGACCCAGCACAAUCAUUGCCACAAGCGUCAUCAUCAUCACCACAAGCAUCAUCACCGGAAGCUGCUGGCGCCGCCGGAGAAGCCGAUCCGCAUCAUCGACUCGUGCAUCCUCCACGAGUUGGAGAAGCUGAUCGACGAGUUCGCGAGGUCCUGCAGCUUGGGUAGGAACAACGCGGCCGCGAAUCACCCGGAGCUGCCGCAGAUCUUCCGCGUGAAGAAGCUGACGAAGAAGAGGAAGGGCGGCGACGCCGGCGCGAGCGACGAGCAGAAGCUGAAGAGGCGGCUGAAGAAGGAGAAGGUGCUGGCCGGCGCGGACUCCAAGAGCAGCGCCAACACCAGCACGAGCUCCAACCCGAACGAGCAGCGGCUGCCACUGAAGAAGCGGCACUAUCACGUCUCGAGUCCGCACAGCUCGCAGAGCUCGAACGCCAGCUGCGCGGACGCGAAUGCGAACGAGUCCAACUCGACGGAGAGCCACAUAGAGGAGGCGAUCGAGGCGACGAUCACGAGGUACGGCGGCGGCGGCAGCUCGACGUCCUCCGUUCAUGACGAGGAGGCCGCGCCGGUGACCCCAAAGAAGAGACCCAGGGACGCCGCCGAAGGCGCGGCCUCGGAGAAGCCGGGAAUCGACGAGGAGAAACCCGUCGUUCAGUCAUCGGACGUUCAGCCACGCCGGAAGAAGAAGAUCGUCAAGGACCUUCGCGUCACCGUCACCAAAUUGUCCGAGGCUCACGGCAUCCCCGGCAAGGACGCGGAGAGGAGUUCCAAGGUCAACGCGGACAAGCCUGGGAAAUUGGAGAAGCUCGCGGUGACGGAGAGACCGAUCAAGACUGACAAGUCGUCGGACGAGCACAAACUCGACGCGGAGCACAUCCGGAGCAUCAAAGUCGACUCGGAGACCCACGUGUCCGAGGCGACCUUCGACGACGGCGGACUCGCCGUCGUCGAGAGCAAGGUGCUGCCGACGAGCAACUCGAGCGUGCCGAAUCUCAUGAACAACACCGCGGCGAUGAUCCUCACGAAGAAGAAGAUGCGGAGGCGAAAGGCCAUCAAUCGCACGGGCUUUCCGACCUUGAAGAAGAAGAAGAAGAAGAAGGUGACCGUGGACUCUGCGGCCGCGAAACCGACCCCGGCAACGUCGCUCGGCGCCAAAGAGACGUGCAAGAAUCCUGAAGAGGUACCUGAAGAAGCGGAGGACAGCAAGGCGUCCUUGAUGGAGAAGAAGGUUCCCCGGAACGUUCCGACGGAGAAGAGCGACGGGAAAAUUCCGGUUGCCGCCGGAGACGUGAAGAACAAUCUGGACAACUCCAGCACGGUGCAGGAGACCUCCAGUCGAAGCGGCUCGGACGAGGUGACGGAGUCUUGUCCCGGCCAGCUGCGGGUUCGCAAGGACCUGGUGGAGUCCGACAGCAGCGUGCUGUCCGAGAAGCUGUACCCGAGCCCGAUCAAGUACGAGAAGAUCCCGGACUGCCGGAUCUACGACGAGAACGCGUCGCUGGAGGAGUCCCUGGAGCGUUACAAUCAGAGUCAGCGGAUCGCGGAGCUGAACGAGGAGAACCUGAGGAAGCUGGAGCGCGUGAACGCGCAGGCGGCAGCGAGCGUCAAGAUGGAGCUGUCCGGCUGCUUCAACAACAACCACAAGAGAAGACGAGGCUCGACCAGCCCCUCGAAUCUCUACGGUAGGAGCGCGAAGAGGCUGAGGAGUGCCGGCUAUGAUACCGAGAGCGAGGCGCCGCCUAGCAGCGACGUCGCCAGCGAGGAUCAGGAGCUCGGCAGGAAGCCCGCGGGACUUUCCGCGCACAAUCGGAAGAAGCAGUCGAGGUGGAAGAAACGGUACCUGCAGGCCGGCAACAACAUCUUUGAGUACAAGAAGGACGCGGAGCCCUCGAAGAAGCUCGCCGGUGCCGCUGACGCCAAGAGGAAGAUCAUCGUCUGCCCUACUGGGGAACAUUACACCGCCGCUGAGCAGCUGCCAGGUAUCAUUCCGACCGGAAAGCUCCUGCGACGACAGAAGAAGACGCCGUUUCAGCUCCAGUACGACCUGCUCUGGCUGCACGCUCAGUCCAGGUUACCUAAUAGGGAUGCGGUACCAUCGUGGAACUACAAAAAAAUUCGGACUAACAUUUACUACGACGUGAAGCCGACGACCCUGUACGAGGCGCAGGCGUGCGAGUGCAAGCCGGAGAGCGGCUGCGGGGACGACUGCAUCAAUCGCAUGGUCUUCAGCGAAUGCUCGCCGCAGCUGUGCCCCUGCUCCGACAAGUGCGCGAAUCAGAAGAUUCAGAAGCACGAGUGGUCGCCGGGAUUGCAGAGGUUCAUGACGGAGGACAAGGGUUGGGGCGUGAAGACUCAACAGGCUAUCAAAUCCGGGGACUUCAUCCUCGAGUACGUGGGCGAAGUCGUGUCCGAGAGGGAGUUCAAGUCUCGAAUGGCGACCAGAUACGCCAAUGACACGCAUCAUUAUUGCCUGCACCUGGACGGCGGUUUAGUGAUCGACGGUCAUCGCAUGGGCGGCGAUGGGAGGUUCGUGAAUCACUCGUGCGAGCCGAAUUGCGACAUGCAGAAGUGGAGCGUCCUCGGCCUACCGCGUAUGGCACUAUUCGCAUCCAGAGACAUCAAGCCGGGCGAGGAAUUGACGUACGAUUACAAUUUCGCGCUUUUCAAUCCGUCGGAGGGUCAGCAAUGCAGAUGUGGCAGCAGUGCCUGUCGAGGUGUCAUAGGUGGGAAGAGUCAACGGGUGGCCAGAAGCGUCCCGUCGUCCCUGCCGUCAGCCCAGGUGGAAUCCACCGAGAGAAGGUCCGUGGGCAGACCGCGGAAGAACAUUCGAAAGUCGAGCAACGCGCUGCAAUCGGCCAACUCGAAGAACCUCUGCAAGUCUAGGAAGGUCGGGGACUCGACCUUGACACACAACACGCCCCAGCUGAAGCCGAUGUCCUAUCAGCAGCGUUGCUUCGCGCGCGAGCACCACUGCUUCCUGCUGAGAAACCUGGAGAAGGUGCGCAGGCUCAAGUCGGCCCAGUCGGUCCAGCAUAUCCAGGUGCAGAACGGAAAGGCGAAGCCCGGCGGCGCGAGCGUCGCCAAGGAGAAGAGCUCCGGGGACUCCAAGGCCCAGUCCGACGCCUUUUUCUCGCAGCUGACCGCGUUGACCAACACCAACGCGCGAACCGUGCGAACGCGUAGGCUCGCACAGGCUCAGGAUGACCCGGAGGUGCACAAGACCGCGAAACUGGCCAAGGUAUUGAAGGAAUUAUACACGAUCGUGACGACGGCGAACGACGAAAACGGCCAGCCGCUGUGCGCGCCCUUCAUGAACUUACCCCCGAAGAGGAAACUGUCUGAUUAUUAUGAGAAAAUUGCGGAACCCAUCGAUCUGAGCGCGAUAGAUCAGUGCAUUGGCACCGGUCAUUACAAGACAGCGGAGCAGUUUGAUCAUGACAUGAUCAGGCUCUUUGACAACAACGUGAGGUUCUUCGGCAGAACGUCCGAGAUAGGAAUCGCCGCGGCGAGGCUCCGGAAGCUGUAUCUCAGCAGUAAACCAGAUUUCGUGGAUGCUAUCACGGAGGCGACCGGGUCUCCGCCGGCUCAGAGCUUCCUGCCGCCUCGUGGAUCCACCGCCGGGGAGGAAGAUGUCAUUAGAUGCAUCUGCGGGCUGCACAGGGACGAAGGUCUGAUGAUCCAGUGUGAGCGCUGCCUGGUUUGGCAGCAUUGCGACUGCGUGAAAGCCGACACGAGCAUCGAGUCUUAUUUAUGCGAGCGAUGCCAGCCGCGCAAGGUCGAUCUGGAGAUACCAUUGGAGGGUGAAGAGGAGGAGGAGGGCAAGAAGCACUACGUGACGUUGUUGCGGGGCGACCUGCAGCUUCGACAGGGCGACACGGUAUACGUCUUGAGGGACACUCCUGAUAAACACACGUAUAAAACUAUACAGAAGCCCGACUACGAGCAGAUGGACAUUUUCAGGAUCGAACGUCUGUGGAAGAAUCACGAAGGCGAGAGGUUUGUGUUUGGACACCACUAUCUCAGACCGCACGAAACUUAUCACGAGCCAACGCGAAAGUUCUACGUCAACGAGGUCGUCUGCGCACCCUUAUACGAGGCUGUUCCUUGUGAUCUCGUGGCCGAGCGAUGUUGGGUGCUGGAUCCACAUACUUUCUGUAAAGGACGUCCGGUCGGCUCGACUCCCGAACACACUUACGUGUGCGAGUACCGCGUGGAUCGCGCGGCGCGACUCUUUACGAAGGUGGCCAGAGCGAGACACGCUGUAUGCACGAAACCUUACGCAUUCGAGACUUUCCCGGAACGUAUAAAACACUAUCGCACCUAUCUGCCUCACAGCCUAGAUGGGAUCAAGAUGUCCAAGGAGAAGAAGAAGAACAACGGUCAGGAGAUGGACGGAAACCAAAAAUUGGAAUCCGAUAACGUGCAUAAAAUGCAUGGAAAGGAACACAAGUGCGUCAGCAGGACGAGACGAAGAUCAGGCGAAAUCCUGACAGUCGCGUCUCCUAUAACAUCGUACGCUCAGAGGGAAGAGCAAAGGAAGAAAUUGAAUGGCAUCCUGUUGAAUCUACUGCAGAGGAUGCCGAAUAAGAAGGACCCGUUGGAUCUGUCGUUCCUUUUAGAAAGGAACAGGCGAAAUCGAAAAAGACCUGGUGGACUUAACCCGUGACAGUGGGUGACGUCACCACGAUAAUGAUAUAUCCGUACUGUAUAUAUAUAUAAAAGUUAUAACUUAUAGAGUUAUACCUUAUACACACAAAAAUCUCAGUCAGAUAAUAUAUAAUAGGCUAGGUGUCUCAGGUAGCAAGCUUACGUCAUUUUGACGUUGAUGACAUAAUUUUGACGUCGAUGACGUCAUUAUG